AUGUUUGCCGAAAAGGCAAAGGACGCCAAGGUUAACACGGCGGCCGCCAUCGCCGCUUUCAAAACUGCCGACGCGGAGGAAAAGGCCGACGACGACGACAACAAGCAGCGAAAAACGGACGACGAAACCCCGCCGGACCGCCAGGCGGUGCAAACUCCAGCUGCCACACAGGACCCGGACGCGACGCCGCCCAAGGAGGCCAACCCCACGAGGCGGGAAAAAUCCAAAAAAAAAGAAAAACCGGCGGAUUUCGGUCGCACCAUAAACGAGGACGGCCUCAAUAUGGGCACCCACAAAACCGCCAUGUCCACAGCGAUCGACGCCCGCACCUACCCGCUGAUGUUCGACCCGACCUGCGCGCUGCGCGACCCCCUGGUGGCCAUAUCCGGGACCGCCAUCAUCAACGCGGGCGCGGCGACCACCAAAAACUCCCUCAACCCGGCAAAGGUGGCCAUGCUGAAGCAGCAAGCACUGAGGAACAAGGGCUACCUAGAUCCCAAGCUCGGCCAGUCUCACGUCGGCGACAUAACCACGCUCUCCCCCAUGGACGGGGGACUCAACUACCUGUUCAGGAUGGCAGAGGACCCGCACCUUAGGCCGUAUACGGACGGGGCGCAAUUGGCGCUGUAG